AUGACCUACUCUUCAACUCCUCCACCGCUUCCAGCUCACAACUUCAACAAUAGACAAAGUCAAGACAAUUACCAUCAUGCAAAUUAUUAUUACAAAACAGCUGAAAAUGAAGCACAGAUACCGCUAAAUGAAAGAUACACUGCCUCACCAUUACAAUCUCGUCAACAAUAUUUCCAAAAUUCUACUCCUUCAACACCGGGACAUCCGCAUCAAUCGUUAAGUGUUCAACAUCCCUUCCAUGCUGGAUACGAUUAUAGCCAGAAUUACCAUUAUGCUCCGGAACAAACAUCACCACCACAUCGAUUUCAAGGAAACGAACGUAUAGGUACAAAUUGGGUAAAGGAAGACGACGAUCGAGCAUUCAACAGAAGAUAUGGCGGGGAGAAACAACGAAAUCCCAUUACAAGCUUUCUUAUUGGACCUGUUAGAGUCCCAAUUUUCAGCUACGUAUCGGCUACAGUGAUGGUAGCCAUGCUCAUAUACGAAUUCGUACGAUAUCAUCAACUAACAGGCGGAGUCAUUGAACAAAACCCCUUUAACCCUAUGAUCGGACCAAGUUUUCAGGUACUGGUAAAUACAGGUGCUCGAUUUACGCCAUGUAUACGAAGUGUUCCAAGCCUACCGAGCAACACUACAAUUGGAAACUGUUACCGAACCGCUCAGGACGUCUGCACGUUAGAGGAACUAUGUGGAUUCAACGAGCAAACCGGACAGAGCUUUCGAUUCGUAUUGCCGAUCAUUAUGCAUGCAGGCGUUAUUCACUUUUUACUCAAUAUGUUGACGCAUUUACGGUUGGGAGUGGAUUUAGAAAGAGCACUGGGUACAGUUCGAUAUUUUGUAUUGUAUGCUUGCGCUGGAAUCUACGGCUUUAUUUUAUCGGCAAUGCUUUCGCAGAACUUGACAGCGUCUACAGGCUGUUCGGGAGCCUUGUUUGGUUUAAUUGGUUACAUGUUUAUUGAUGUGCUCGUCAAUUGGAAGUUUUUGCCGCAUCCUAUAAGAGAUUUGAUGGGCUUACUAAUAUCUACCAUUAUAUCAUUGGUAUUGGGAUUAUUGCCUGGUUUGGAUAAUUUUGCACAUGUUGGUGGGUUUGCAGUUGGUAUAUUUAUGGGUAUGCUGAUUGCGCCUAUGCGUCCUAUGGCUACAAGGAGAGUAAUGGUCUUUACUUGGAUGAUGCGAAUCAUAGCUUUAGUUGUUAUUAUCGUAUUAUUCACAGUAUCCCUAAAGCAAUUCUAUUCUGCCGAGGAUCCCAGCAAGAUCUGUCCCAAUUGUAAAUAUCUAUCCUGCCUACCAGUGAAUGGCUGGUGUGAUGUAUGA